GUCCCGCAUCUUCCCAAAUUGGGGAAUUGGGGGGAGGGUCUGGCUCUCUGGUCAUAUCUUUCUUUGCCACAGGCGGUGGGAAGAAGAAUCUCCUGACUCAGAUUUUCUCUCUUUGGCAGAGAAAAUCGCACUGAGCGAGCGAAUCGUGGAGAUAAAAGAAAAGGAGAAAAUGGGGUCGAAAUUUACGGGAGCCGAAAGAUUUCCCACGAACCCCCAGCAAAGGGAAAGGAGGCCCUUCAGCUUUUGACUCUCGAUUUUAGGGGGACCAAGAGCAUCCUUAAAAAGGAAGCCCUUUUCGUUGUCCUUUCAUUAAUCGUCUUUCACAGAGCGAGAGAUUUAAAAAGGGGUCUUGCAACGCAACCUGGGUUUAAGGAGAGAGUCUCUUGCUCGUGAAAAUUGGAAAUUGCCAGAGGAACUGGAGUGAAUAUCUGCGUUGUGGCGCGUACACGUUGCUCCAGAAAGUGUGUGUGAGAGAAUAUUUCAGGAGUGAGCAGAGUGGCCGUCUCCCACCGUGGGUGGGGUUUGGGCAUUUGGCAGCUUGAGCGUGAAGCUUUUUUUGAAUUUGAGAAAGCACUUCGCUUUGGUCCUUCACGAGGUUGUGUCAGAAAUCCCCCCUUUUCAAACAAACAAAAACUAUUCCUCUCCCCCCUCCUCUCUCUCUCUCUCUCUCUCUCUCUCUCUCUCUCCCUCUUCUUUUCAAAAUGGGAAAAGAAAACAAAUUGAUUAUUUGAAGCAGAAAUCUCGAUUCCCAUUUCUUAAUGAUUUGCUCCACUCUGCUUCUUCUCUCUCUCUUCUCCCUCACUUCUCCUCUCGCAACUUGUCCAUCGCUUCUCAACAUCCCAACACUUUGCGACCCCAACCGUCUCUCUCGCUCUCGACCCAUUGAGUUCUUCUCUUUUCUUGCACCGACCCACAUUUCAAAAUCGUUUCUUUCCCCCACGUUCCCUCCACUUUUAUCCUUCCCUCCCGAAUUAUCUCAAGAACCGUUUCUUCUUCAUAUGUUGUGAUUAUCUCGCCCGUUGCUGCUGCUUUUAGCUCGACCCAAUUCGAUUUCUUGCUUCAAGAGAAGAUGGGUAGAGCCGCGAGAUGGUUCAAGGGCUUGCUGGGGAUGAAGAGAGACAAGGACCAGAGCAACCACAGCACUUCGAGCUCGGUCUCCGGCGACAACAAGAAGGACAAGCGGAGGUGGAGCAUCGGCAGGUCCGCCCGGGAUCCCGGUAAAGUCCCAGCGGCGGACGCCAGCGUGACCGGCGCCGCCGGGGACGCCUCGUGGCUCCGGUCGUACAUCGCGGAGUCGGAGAAGGAGCAGAACAAGCACGCGAUAGCCGUCGCGGCGGCCACCGCAGCAGCUGCCGACGCGGCGGUGGCGGCGGCGCAGGCGGCGGUGGCGGUGGUGAGGCUGACGAGCCAGGGCAGGGGAGCCCUGUUCGGGGGCGGGAGGGAGCAAUGGGCCUCCGUCAAGAUUCAGACCGUCUUUCGAGGCUACUUGGCCCGAAAAGCUCUGCGAGCAUUGAAGGGACUGGUGAAGUUACAGGCGCUUGUGAGAGGUUAUCUGGUAAGGAAGAGAGCCGCUGCGACUUUGCUAAGCAUGCAAGCCCUCAUAAGAGCUCAGGCUAAUGUGAGGUCUCACCGAGCUCGCCGUUCCGUCAACAAAGAGAACCGGUCCUAUUUCGAAAACCGCCCUAGAAGAUCCAUUGAGAGAUUUGAGGAACCGAGGAGUGAGUUCCACAGCAAGAGGCUAUCCGCUUUGUACGAAACUCCGGUGAAUCCCUUCGACGAGAGCCCGAAGAUCGUCGAGAUCGACACGUGCAAGCCGAGGUCUCGGUCACGCCGAAUGAACAGCGUCCUUACGGAGUAUGGAGAAGAUUUUUCCUACCAUGCUGUCUCGUCCCCGCUCCCCUGUCCCGGCCCUGCCCCCGCCCGCCUCUCGAUCCCCGAUUGCCGCCACAUGCAAGACUUCGAUUGGUGCUUCGCUGGGGACGAGUGCAGAUUCUCGACCGCUCAGAGCACGCCCCGGUUAGCCAAUUCUCUGGGGUACUUCGCGCCGGCGACCCCCGCGAAGAGCGUGUGCGGGGACCACUUCUUCCGCCCCUACGGCAGCGGAUUCCCCAGCUACAUGGCGAACACGCAGUCGUUCAAUGCCAAGUUGCGGUCGCAUAGCGCCCCGAAGCAGAGGCCCGAGCCGGGGUCCAAGAAGAGGCUCUCGCUAAACGAGAUCAUGGCAUCGAGAAACAGCAUGAGCGGGGUUAGGAUGCAGAGGUCUUGCUCUCACCUUCAAGAAGUUUUGAACGGUUGAGAUUCGAGAAAAACUUUCGUAUGCAUUAGUGAAGAAGUUAGGAGUAGUCGUUAUUUUUUUUUCUCUUUUAAGGGUCGUUGAACGGGAAACAGAGCUUCUAUCUCAGAGCUUCAUGAGGCUUGCCACUUUGAUGCGAAACGAAAGAAUAGGAUGAGAGCCAGAGUGCUUGUGUAAAUUGUCCUCGACAGUUUGUUUUCUUGUGUGAAAAAUUGGCUGCUUACAGGUU